CCGACCGAGUCCCCUCCCCACAGCAACACGGCUUCCCUUCCUCAGCUCAGCGACAGGGGCUUCCCCUCAGCCGCCGCCGCCGCCGCCGCCGCCGCCGCCGGCCGAGCCCCGCCGCGCCCGCGGCCCGCGGCCGCCAUGCAGUUUAUGUUGCUUUUUAGUCGUCAGGGAAAGCUUCGACUGCAGAAAUGGUAUGUCCCACUGUCAGACAAAGAGAAGAAAAAGAUCACAAGAGAACUUGUUCAAACCGUCUUAGCACGGAAACCUAAAAUGUGCAGCUUUCUUGAGUGGCGAGAUCUGAAGAUUGUUUACAAAAGAUAUGCUAGUCUGUAUUUUUGCUGUGCUAUUGAGGAUCAGGACAAUGAACUAAUUACCCUGGAAAUAAUUCAUCGUUAUGUGGAAUUACUUGACAAGUAUUUUGGCAGUGUGUGUGAACUUGAUAUCAUCUUUAAUUUUGAGAAGGCUUAUUUUAUUUUGGAUGAGUUUCUUUUGGGAGGGGAGGUUCAGGAAACAUCCAAGAAAAAUGUCCUUAAAGCAAUUGAGCAAGCUGAUCUACUGCAGGAGGUCUUGAGGAGGCAGAAGGUGGCUGGUCCAUUCUGAAUUUAGAAAUUUUGAGGAUUUUCCCCCUUGCUGUUUCAUUUUAACUCAUUUUGAGCCAACUCUUGCUACUCUGGGCUAUUUGUAAUAAUGAGAAGUUGGAAUAACUUGAAAUAUUCAGUAACUGUAAAUCUGAUUUCCAGAAGUAUUUGUCAAGAACCCACAGCAAUAAAUACAUUUUUAUAUCACAACAGUUACAUACACAUGAACCAAAAUAAUUUUGUUCAGUGGUACUCACUCUUAUUUCUUGUUUUGCAAUCUCACAUUUUCUGUGCUAUUCUUUUCUUCAAUAUUGAUCCUGAUCUACUGAAUUGAUUGCGUGAACCCUAGGAUUGGGACCUGCACAGGGAUCUACGAAGAGCAUAUUCCUAGCUGUUAGUGGUGAUUUUUUUCUUUUAAAAGUACUUUCAGAAAAAUUUCAAGGUUUGAGUUCUUUUUUCCUCCACUGACACAUUCUUUUUUAUUUUCUUUUAUUGUUUCCUCUGUUGCCUUUUUUUAAAAAAUAAAAAUCCCAUUAUAGAAAAAUUAACAAAUAUAGGCAAGCAAACUAGAACAUAAUCUUACCCACCAACCAGAGGCAAGUAGAUUAACUCAGUGGUUCUCAGCUGGGGUGGGGGAUGAGGCAGUUGUACCUCCUCAGGCGACAUUGGGCAAUGUCUGGGCACAGUUUUAAUUGUCACAACUGGCAGUGGGGUGCUACUGGCAUCUGGUAGGUAAAGACCAAGGAUGCUGCUAAACAUCCAACAGUGCCCAGGACAGCCCUCCCAGAACAAGGAAUUAUCCAGCCUCAAGUGUCAAUAAUGCCAGGUACAGAAACCCUGGUUUAAUUUAACACCAUGGAAUAUGUAAAGAUUCCAUUUAUAAAUUCCAUUUACAUUUAUAGACUGCUACAUCUUUUCAACUUAGUGUAUUGUCCAGAGUAUAAAUGACUGGCUGAAAAUGAAUCAAAAGUAGGAGGGGGAAAAAACCUAAAAGUUGUGAAAGAAGGACAAAUAUGCUUAAGAACACAUAAAUGCCUAUAAAAAUCACCUCUCUGAUUCACCAAAAUUACCUUUACUUGAUAACCAGUGCCUGGGGAGAUAAUCUAUGGUUGACUUUAGCACCUAACCCACAGCAAAGCUUGUGGGAUGUCACUAGAUAAUUUAUUUUCUUCAACAACAACCAAAUCUGUUAAUGUCUAUUAAGGUAAUUGAGUUUUUACCUGGAAACAGAAUUGAGUAUACCAUGCAGGCAGUUAGAACGCUUUUGAAUUCUCUGCUGAUUUCCCCAUCUGCCUUAGGGAUUUGAUGAUUCCUUACAGGAAGAGUAGUUUAAAUCACCAGAAUUUACAAUAUAUAGACUUGUAUUAUACAUAUAGGCUUUAUUUUUGUUCUUUUGUACCCUGUUAGCCUUAAAUAAUCUACAUAGCAAAGAUAUUUAGAGUUUGAAUAUUUGGAAUUCAAAUAUUUGGAAUUCAGUGAUUCCAAGAAAUCUUUUAUAUUUGGAAAACCCUGAUUAAGUUUAGGGCAUUUCAGGUUAUGAUCCAAAUGGAAGACCAAGGCAAAUACAAUACAGUUACCCUAAAAUAUGCUUAAAACUAUUUCUUUACAGUCUAAAGUUAUAUUUGCUAAGUUAUUCUGAUAUCUUUUACUUAAAAAAUACAAUUAACUUCCACAGAAAGUAAUUUGUCCUUAGUGUUUUAUCACUAAUGGGUUGUAAAGCAGGGCUUAUAAGAUGUAGUUAUCCCCAUCAUUAUUUUUAAGACAAGUUUAUAAGACAAAUGUAAUAGAAAUAGAUCAACAGCACAAUAGAAAAAGACAGCAGCACAUAUGAAUAAGUAUUUCACAGAUGAAAGAAAAAAGGGGUUUUACUAAGGGAAUGUAAAUUAAAAUAUCAGUUAGAUCUUUGGUUUGUUUCUUGAAUUGGCAAAGAUGAGAGACCCUCUUGUUUGCUGCUUGUGAGCACUUGAACUUGUAUUCCAUUUUGGAGGAUUAGUUUGGCAAUAUCUAUUAGCCAUUAAAUGUGUACACCUUUUGACUCAUCAGUGACACUUUGACCCACCAGAAAUACACGAACGUCCCAAGACACACAUGGUGCUCAGUAUAAUCUUAAGCCAUUGGAAACUUACCCAACGUCCAUCAAUGAGAAAUAGGUUAAGAAAAUUACAGUACAGCCAUACAUGAAGCCGUUACCUGGCUGUGAAAGAGCUGAGAUCAAUUUCUAUAUGAUACGGAAAGAUACUCAAGGAUAUCAAGUGAGAAAAGAUCUAGGAGCAGGAUAUUAUUACCUCUGAAAAUGUUUGAGGUCCGCCCUCCUUUCUAAAAGUGUAAAACAAACAUUAUUAUAAGUAUAUUUAAGUGUAUUAAGUAUAACAAUUUUUUAAAUUUAUAAAUUUUUUUAAAAUGACAAAAUGCUGCUGUGUGAAUGGAAGAGUAUACAUUGUGUUGCUCCACUAGGUGAAACGAGUAGAAUUUGCUAGAAAAGUUUCAGCAUGUAAAGUGAAGCACUUAUGUGCUCUCGGCCAUUUUAGACACUAACCAUCUGGAGCAACCAUGUUGUUCUUGCCACUCAUUGCUAACUUAGUAUAAAAAAAUCACUCAGCUUUCCUAGUGCCUCACAAUUGCUUGUGAAAUAAGACUGACACCAUGAGCCCUGUCAUCUAAAAGGUACUUUAUAAAUAGCUUUCAGUUCUUCUCUCUUUAUUCAUUGCUAAAAAUAGAUCUUAGUGAGUUUGGAUACUCUCCAGCCCUUUGGUCUUUAGCACAAGGCAAGUGGUUCCAGUGUUGAGAGUAAGGACUUUGCCACAGAAUUCAGUGGGGGGCAAUCAAAAGGACCAUUGUAUUCUAGAGCACUAAGGACAAAGGAUACCACUUUAUAGUGUGGGGAACAAGUGAAGCACCUUUACAAGAAAAACUAGAGUACAGCAGUAACUUCAAAUUACACUUACUUAUAUUCACUUUUCAUUAAAUGUAAAUUAUUUCCUCUUUGACCACAUUGUGUACUAGAAAGAGAAAAUCAGGAGACUAGGUUUUUAAUUUUGGAUGCAAUACCACUAGUUUACUUAAGCCUCCAGAUAAAUGCUAGCUUACCAGUUUUCAUUAUAGUUUCCCAGAUCGUUUUACUUUUGAGUCAUCAGUGUAGUGUGGUGAAUAUCUGGGAAUUUUUAAGGUAAUGGGGUUUGUCUUUUCUUAGGGACGUAGGUGGUUUUGAGAACAGGUGUAGUUUAAUUCCUCUUUGCUGUGUUUCGUUGUUAUCCUGCACUUCCCACCACAUCUCGUCCUUUUUGUAGGGGAUUGAGAAAAAGAUUAUUCUUAGUAUGGAGGAAAGUUGAGCACACAUGUAUACUAAGGAAAAGGAGCUAAUGCAGAGAGCAGUGAAAAACAGGAAUAUAGAAUCAAAGGAAAAGUAUAUUGCGAGGUGAAUGGGAAUGGAAUCAAGAGCAUUGCUCUUGGGCAAGAUGAGUCUUCCUCCUUCGUCACGAGGAGCUAAGGGGGUAAAGCUGUAGAUUUUUGUUCUCCUGAGUUGGAUGAAUGACAUUGAGAAAGUCGUCGUUUUCUUGGCUUUGAGAAACAUCAUCUAGAGGAGAGCUGCUGGGGAUUGAGGAGAAAGAGAAGAGGUAGAAAACUUGAGGAAAAUGUUGAGGGUUUGGGGAGCAAAUCAGUGAUGAGCAAAAGGAUUGCCCAGGACUGAAGGCCCAUUUCAGAUUAGAAAGAAUACAUGUCUAAUCUUUAUUCCAAAAAUAGGUCUCCACUGAAUCUGUACUAAGGGCAGCUUGUGGUUUGUAUUUGUAGAAUACAGCUGGAUUAAAAAUGUUUUUCUGUUUUCA